CAUGGGGCUGUGCGGGCGGGGCUGGGGCUGCGGCCGGGCGCUGCGGCUCCCCCCGGCGCCGGGGCCGCUGCGGGCGCUGCUGCUGGGCAGGGCCCUACCCCCACCGGAGGGGAAGGCUCGGUACGGCCUCUGGGCCGGCAGACGGGCGGCGGCGGCGGCCCCGCGGGGAGCCCGCGGGCAGCGGAGCUCCAAUCCGUUCACCCGCGGGCAGGAGGAGGAAUGGCGGCGGCGGAACCGCUCGACGCUGGCUUACAUCGCCGCGGCCGCCGUGGGCAUGGUGGGCAUGUCCUACGCGGCCGUGCCGCUCUACCGCCUCUACUGCCAGGCCACGGGCAUGGGCGGCACGGCGGGCGCGGGGCACGGCUCGGAGCAGAUCGAGAGGAUGGAGCCGGUGAGGGACCGGCUGAUCAAGGUCACCUUCAACGCGGACGUGCACGCCAGCAUGCAGUGGAGCUUCCGACCGCAGCAGAGCGAGAUCUACGUGGUACCAGGAGAGACUGCCCUGGCAUUUUACAAAGCAAAGAACCCUACUGACAAAGCAAUAACUGGCAUCUCCACCUACAAUGUGAUCCCCUUCGAGGCAGGGCAGUACUUCAACAAAAUCCAGUGUUUUUGUUUUGAAGAGCAGAGGUUAAAUCCUCAAGAGGAGGUGGACAUGCCUGUCUUCUUCUACAUUGACCCAGAGUUUGCAGAGGACCCUAAGAUGGCCAAAGUCAACCUGAUCACCCUCUCCUACACCUUUUUUGAAGCCAAGGAAGGACUGAAGUUGCCCCUUCCUGGGUACCAGUGACAGGUGAGCUCUGCAGCACUUGAUGCCUGCUCCCUGCCUAGCAGCUGUGAAAGCACUGCUCAGCAGGCCGGGCUGCAGCAGCGCUGUGCGAUGGGAAGUGGCAUUAAGGCAGCUGUGGGCCCAGGCUGCUGUGAGCACAGAGUUCUAUUUUUUUAAAAACAGUAAUAAAUAAGUUAAAAAAGAA